UGAGGAAACGGAUAUAAAAUAGCUACUACAGAUACAGUUACAACUUAGAAAAAUCAAUACGGAGAAAAAGUAAUGUAAAUUUUGAUUACUGGAUCAGGAAGGUCACUCUGUGAAAAUGGUGUUUUUCAGGGAUACUGAAAGGAGCUCGAGACUGAUUCAAGGGCGGUGGCGGCCGCAGAGGCAGGAGCAGCAGCGCCGGGUUCCCCGCAGGUGCGUCCCGCGCGCGCUGCUCCCGGACCAGCCGAGGGUCUCCCCGCAGGGCCAGCCCGGGUCGUGUCAGGCGCCUGAAAUCUCCCGCAUCUCCCUCAGCUGUGGGAAAUGGCUGAAAGGAAUAAGGCUGGAACGAAGGAAAACUCAAAAGCGCCCCCUCUGGAGAAGAGAAAGACAGGCGAGGAGCAAUUCCCUCAACUUUUUGUUGGCGGCUUGAGCUCUGAAACCACAGAAGAAAGUCUGAGGAACUACUACCGGCAGUGGGGAAAACUUAGAGGCUGCGUGGUCAUAAGGGACCCUGAAACCCGGAGAUCAAGAAGAUUUGGUUUCGUGACCUUCUCCUCCACGGCCGAGGUCGAUGCCGCCAUGGCUGCCAGACCCCAUUCAAUUGAUGGGAAAAUGGUCGCGCCCAGACGUGCUGUGCCAAGGGAGGGCCGCGAAAAGCCGGAGGCUCUCGUCACUGCGAAGACGCUGUUUGUUGGUGGAAUUCAAGAAGACACCGAGGAACAUCAUCUUAGAGAUUACUUUAAGAAAUAUGGAAAAAUCGAUGCCAUUGAGAUAACCAUUGACAGGCAGGCUGGCAACAGAAGAGCCUUUGGAUUUGUUACCUUUGAUGACCAUGAUUCUGUGGAUAAGAUUGUGUUGCAGAAACACCACAGCAUCAAUGGCCAUCGUGCAGAAGUCAGAAAGGCCCUGUGUAGACAAGAAAUGCAGGAGGGCGUGGAGGUGGCAGUUUUAGAGGUAGCACUGGUUAUGCAGGAGGAAGGGGAAGAUAUGAAGGUGAAGGAUCCGAGUGUGACAACCAGGGUGAGGGCUCCGGAGGUGACUGUGACAACUCUGAGGGAGGAACUAGUGGAAGUGGAAAUGGCAAUGAUUUAGGAAAUGAUCAGCAGAAACCUACGAGCAACUUACAGGAGAGUGGAAAACUUGAUGAUAGCAGAAAUGUGGGAGGAUCUUCCGGAGGAGAAGACCAUUGUCCAGGAGGCAGUGGAGUUCAGGCCUUUGCACACUGCGUGCAAGACGGAUUACGGCGACUGUUUGCUAGACCAGAAGCCGAGCGUCUACAGAGAUGGGGACCUGCAGUUUUUGAGUUACUACCAGGCUGUUUUCCAGAGCAGCUGCACCAGUUACAUCACCACCAGCAAGCUCAAUGGCUCUGAAGCUCUGAAGCUUCUGAAGCUCAAUGGCUCUCAUUUGGGCCAUGAAACCAGGCAGAACCAGGAGGCGACUGCUGGUGACAGGCGCGUCUAUGUCAUUCCCAUCUGCUCCCUGAUCCAAGUGAUGAUCUGUGGGGUCUGGCUGGGAACCGCUCCGUCUUCCAUUGAGAUGGACACACAUUCUGAGCCCGAGAACCUCGUCACCAUAUGCAACAAGGGCUCGGUCACCGCCUUCUACUGUGUCCUGGGAUACCCGGGCUCCUCAGCCCUGGGGAGCUUCUCCUUGGCUUUCCUGGCCCGGAACCUGCCUGACACCUUCAGUGAAGCCAAGCUCCUGCCCUUCAGCAUGCUGGUGUUCUGCAGUGUCUGGGUCGCCUUCCCACAGCACCCAGGGCACGGUCAUGGUGGCCGUGGGGCCCUCCUCCAUCGUGGCUUCCAGUGCGGGCUUACUAGGCUGCAUCUUUGCCCCAAAGUGCUACGUUAUUCUGAUAAGACCUGA